AUGAACGCUAUCCUGUCACUACUGUUGCUGCUGUCGGCGACAACCUUAGUAGAUGUGUCGGCGGGCGCGAUCAAGAAGCCGGUGGAUGGCGAUCUGAAACUCCUGGACGGAGACAACUUUGCCUCAGGUACAGUGGCGGUGUAUCGCGGCUACGCGUGGGGCCGCGUCUGCGACGAUAACUGGUCCAUCCGUGAGGCAAACGUGGUCUGCCGCCAACUCGGACUAGGCUUUGCUGUGCGUGCUCUCAAGCGCAACAAAUUUCAUUCUGUUAGUGGACGUAACUACUUUAUGGACAACGUGCGGUGCCUCGGGAAUGAGACACGUCUGAUUGACUGCAAAUUCGACGGCUGGGCGCGUCACGACUGCGCGGAGCACGAGGACGCGGGCGUGCAGUGCGCACAGGACACCAGUCCACGCGCCAAAAUCUCUUGGAAUCCCCUCCGGCUGGACUACACCAGGGAGGAGCUCGAAAAGCUCGCCAAGGUGGGUUGGCUAAAGAACAGAGGCACGAGUGGUUUAUACCAGGUGAAGGAACUAAACACCACGCAAGCAGUGGAUGACGCGCAGAUUCUCAUCAUUCAACCGAAAGACGGCGAGGCUGGAGCCCUCUGUCCAGACGACUUCACCACAAUGGACGCAAUCGUCGCUUGCAAACAAACUAACUCUGGUAUCGGUGGACGCAUUGCAGAGGCGACACUUGUAAAUGCUCUCUUCCAGAUCCCUUUGGUGAGUGAUGUCUUUCCUGCAAUGAAGCAUGUGGCCAUUAUUGGACAUUGCUUUGGCAACGAGACCAGUCUUGACCAGUGCAAACACUACGUGGACCCGAACGGUGUCAAAUGCAAAUCAACAAAAGCAGUUGCCGUUGCCUGUCAAGAUAAGUUACCGGAUCUCACAUCGGACAUUGAGCAACUGGAGAAUUCAGUGCACAUUCAAAGACUUCGACUGUGGCAUUUGCAGUGUGCACUUGAAGAGCACUGCUUCCCAGACAGUGUCUACACCUACAUCGCCAACAAUCCCGGGCGAUACUAUUGGGAUACACGAACUCUGAUUCGCUUUUCUUCGAUCACAAAGAACGUCGGGAUGGCGCCUUUUCUGCCCGCCCUCAUACCCGAACACUGGGAAUGGCACCCGUGCCAUGCGCACUACCACAGCAUGAAAGUGUUCGGUAGUUACGAGGUUAUUGACAUAAUGGAACGUCUCGUCUCCUACGGGCACAAGGCGAGCUUCUGUCUGGAGGACAACCACUGCGAAAAAAACGUCACGAAGCAUUUCUUCUGCAGUAAUGUAAUGGACACCAAGGGGAAGCAAGGUAUUAGUCCAGGAUGUCAGGACGAGUACUUCUUCAACUACGAUUGCCAGUGGGUUGAUAUCACCGAUCUUCCAGUCGGUGAUUACACUUACCAGGUUACCUACAACCCGCAUUACUUGGUUCCUGAAAGCAACUACUUCAAUAAUGCCGUCACCUGUAAGAUGCAGUACCGUGGCAAUUGGGGACGUUUCUAUGGUUGUAAAAUAGUACAUCCAUUUGAACUUCUGUAG